AUGCUGUUGUCGCAGACAGAGCAGCUUCCGAAAGUCAACGAUAUUCAUACACCAAACUCCCUCGACAGGGAACAGGACCAGCCUAUGAAAGACGACAGCAACGAUGAAUCACAGUCAGAAAUCAUCGUCUUGGGCACAAGCAUCGUCUGUGACGAUUCAACGUCACCAGCAUCCACUUUCCGCUCAACCGACGGAGAGCCACCUACCUGGCUGGGGAUACCGGUGCCUGUAUUGACUGAACUUAUUCACAUAUUUUUCUCCAAGACCCAGGGAUGGCUUCCGCUUCUUCACAGGCCACGGUUCUUCGCCCGGUUCAUGAAGAAUGGCGUAUUCGAUGACAGAAGUCACUGCAACACCGAAGCAUUGCUGCUCUGCGGUAUGUUUGCCUUGGCAGCACGCCACUCCACAAAUUCAUGGUUUCACGGCAUACCAGCACCAAGCCGCGGGCAGGUCUUUGUGGAAAAGGCCAAUAUGUAUUAUGAAAAAUGCCAGUCCGGCCAAGCACCAAGUCUUGAACAUUUGCAGGGAUGCAUCUUGCUAGCUGUCUACGAAUAUGCUUGUGGCCCAUCCCACCGCGCCUGGAUCGUUGCGGGCGUCUGUGUCCGACUAGCCUACGAUCUAAACUUGUGCAGUAUGGAUGAGCAGGAUGAAUCAAGCGACUGGUCAGUUCUAGAAGAGCAGCGUCGUGCGUUUUGGAUCACCUGGGAACUCGACACUUUUGGCUCCCUCAUGUCAAGACGGCCAAGUUCUAUCACCCGGUCAAUGGUGAUGGUCAAGCUUCCGGUUAGUGACGAAGCAUGGUUUGCUGACCGACCUGUUGAGUCACCUAUUGUCGACCCAAGACCCAGUGAGGUCUGGAAACUCCUUCUCGACUCUCCGAAUCAGGACCCAAGAGCGUGGUUUCUCAUAGCCAAUAUUCUCCUGAGUGUCGCAAGUGAAUUUACAGCGGGUCGUUUCACUUGUCAGCGAGAUAAGGAGGAGCUCAUUGACGCUAUCACGUGCUUUUCACUUGCCAUGUCGCAGAGGUUCAACCUGGAGACCCUGGAGCGAGAAGUGUCUUCGGGAGAUGCAGCAAGACAUAACUGGAUUAUUGGCAUGCAUCUCAUGUUGACUUGCACCCGUACGACCAUACAGGCCACCUUCAAGCCUGAACAUCCAGAGACAUUACGCUCGCCACGCCAUUUAUCUCGGAUAUUCUAUCAUUGGUAUCCUGAUUAUAUCCCUCUGUGUCAGCCUUUCCUGGCAUGCUGUCUGUUGUCAGACCGAGCAUACCCGUCAAAAGAUAUGACUGAUGCUUCGUAUACCGGAUAUCAUAAUAGUGAGCUGGUCAGUCUGGUCUUGUCGCAAUAUGCCACCGUAUGGAAUCUUGCCUCAAUCAUAAUAAAUCUCAAGGCUUCAUUGAUGCGCCGUGACAAGGACAACUCAUUUGAGAAGCGAUUUGCUUUAUUUUUCCCUUCAAGGGCUCCCAUUAAUCGGAAAGAUGACCAGCCCACGAUAGUUGGAGGGCUCGAUAUAGAGGAACCGAGAAAUGAGAACAUAUCAGCAGAGAGCAGUUGUGGUGACAGUGACCUGCAGCAACUUCUUCAGCCGACGGAACUAGGGGACGCAGAGUCUUUGAUGACAGAGCUUGCAAAUAUGGCUGGGAGGGGAUUACCAAGAUACGUGCCAGGGGAUACUCAACCCGAUUGGAGCAGCGGCAUUUCUCUCAAUUUUCUUGACGAGGAUCAUCAGCAUCUCAAUUAUCUGCAGUUGUGA